CGCGCCGCGCGCCGCACACCCACUUAGAAACAGCUAAGUGAUGUAAGGUGGCUGUCCUGCCUGUAAACAAGCCACACCGAAAACAGUAAACAACAGGAUUUUCUGGGACAUAUGGUUGAAUUAGCUGAAGUCUUCUUGUUAAACUGUAGCUGUUCUGGUCAAAAGGGAAACAAAGAGCCGAGUUUCCUCGAAGCUAUCAUGCUGAACACAGAGGAAAGUUCCUGGUUAGCUGGGGCCUUGACACCCAGCUCUAUCCCUCAGGCUCCGGGGCCUCUGUGGUGCUCCGAUGCCCCUCACCCACAGCUGAAGAUCCCGGGUGGGCGAGGGACGGUCAGGGAUCGCUCUCAUGGCGUGCUAAUACACAAGGAUGACAGGUUAACGGUGACCCGGACCUCCUCCUCUCUUCUUCGCUUCCACUACCAGCUCACCGAGCGCCGCUCAGCCUUCUGGGACACGGCGCUCUCAGGGGACGGCCUCUUCCUGGAGAUUCCAGCAGGUUCUCUGGCAGAUGGGAGCAAAGAGGGGCUGACUGCUCUGCUGGAGUUUGCAGAGGAAAAGCUCAAGGUCAACUAUGUCUUCCUGUGGUUCCAUAAAAGUAGAGAGGAUCGAAUGGCCAUCAUCAAGACCUUCCACUACAUGGGCUUUGAGAUGGUCAAGCCGGGUAACCCAAUGGUACCAGCCCGGCCCGACCUGGCCUUCAUGGUUUACUCUCUGGACAACAGCAGCUCGGAUGAAGAGUGAUCCUCACUCCCUCCCUCACCCACCCACCCCUUCCCUCCCCACAUCCCUUCUUGUUUUUAACCCUCUGACUGGGCCGCCAUGGAGCCGCGGUCCUCCUCUGUGUCACAGACUCCUCAUGGAGACAGGCUCACCGUGAUGUCGCUGCAUUUCUCCCGCAGAUCGGAGAGGCUGCAGUUUGAACUAAGUCAUCACAUUUAAUUUGGCCUUCUUUUGUCCCCUCAUCCUCACUUUCUCUUUUUGCUUCAUCGUUUUGUUUGCCUCAGCACAAAAAGGAAAAAAAAAAAAAUCUUCGGGGAAGUCGGCAUUUUCCCAUUCAGCAGAUCUGCUCCUCCAAACGGAUUCAAUCUUUUUACUGUGUGUCUUUGAGUGCUGUAUGCGGCGCAGGCUAUGAUGUUAGGGGAAUAAAUUAUGUUUAUGGUAUGUUUGGGUUUCUUUUUUUUCAUAAGAUUAUAAUCCUGAUCUGUUUCUUUGAACACACUGACGGUUCCUUUAGCUUUCUGCAAUAUGCGUCAUUCCAGCAUGUGUCCCCCUGGUUCAAGCAAAACACUGCACUAAACGAACCGCCCCCAGCCCCAUGCAAGCCUCAACAGGACGUCCUAAAGCUUUAGUCAUACAGCAGGUGCUUCUGUGCCUAAAGAGGAGCAUGCAUAUUCAGACCUGUGCUUUAAUCAAUCAGGCUGUCCUUGCAGAACUCAUCAUGCAAAUGCAGGGAAAAAAUAAAACACUGUAGCAAACACAGCUGUCUAAACUAUUAUUUCUUUAUUUCGUUUUUUUUUUUUUUUUGCCUGAACUAAACGCCAAAGAAUUGUCUGUCGUUGAAGUUCUAAGUAUAAGUUACUCAUCACAUCCUGUAUAUCAACUGUUACAUUCCCCAAACGCACCGUUUGCCCCUCCUCAGCUUCACAUCUGUGCUUCUCAUUCAAGCUCUCUUCUGCUCCCCGACUCUAAGCUGUUCAAGGUCAACACAUGAAGUUUUAUUUUGUAAUCAGAAUGAACAUUUUCUCUGCUGUUUUAUUUUUUUAUUUUUGUGACUAUGCAGGGAUUUACCUAUUUUUGUUCUUAGUUAACGACAGAUAUUCAGUGACGAUCCGCACUUAUCAGAUUUGUCCUUUUGGCAGGGGUUGGUGUUUCAAUAAAGGUUCUUAAGAAAA